UGACUCUGUUUGUACUAUACCAACAACAACGCGACCGCGUGAUGCUCCUUACGUCAGUAACCAUAUUAACUCUGGACGGUUGAAUAUUACUUGUACUGAGAUCCCCGAAAAAGAGAAUGACAUGAACAGUUAUUAACACGUAAUAAUCAAGAAACCUAAGUUUCUAAAGCAAAGACAACAAGCUUAAACGAGAGCAGUCGUCGACUAUUAGCAAACAUUGAAUGAGUUAUUAAUGCUAAAUUUCUUUACUAUAAUAACAAUUUUAAAGACUGUCAACGUUCACAGUCGGAAACUUUUUCCUGGGUAAAUUGGUUUYGAGUUAAUUAUUUUGAAGGCCAAAUAUAUUUGAGUUCAGUAAGGAGUCAUUUCGUCAGUAGGAGAUUGAAGGUGGAAGGGACAGGCUCGUUAUCAGUUCAGCUCAAACCAUGAACGGUUCGGACAACCUAACACAAAGCAUUUUUACGUGCUUCAGUGUACCCGAUUCACAUCUUGUACGAACUGUAAAGAUAAUGGCCAUCUUGUUAGUGGGUGGAUUUGCUGUGUUUGGCAAUAUUUUGAUCAUCUUCCUCGCUGCCAGAUUCACCGUGAAAAGGAACAUCCAUCAUUUGAUCAUCAACAUGGCCGUUUCAGAUAUUCUCGUUGCUAUCAUUUAUUCGUAUGACAACAUUCGUUUUCWAMGUCUCCCAAACAACGUUUUUGCCAACACCAUAUGGASGGCGGCUUACSACUUCWUCKGUUCGGCUUCCAUGUAUGUGACUUUGACUAGUCUACUGAUAAUAAGUGUGGAACGGUUCAGAUCAACCAAGGUAACUGUACACAGAGUUCKUCCAUACACGAUGAAAAAACGUCUGGCACUAGUCUCUUGUUCUUGSCUGCUUCCUAUGGGACUUUCUGCCCACAUUGCUUGGUAUUACCAAAUUGAACAGAAGAGCAAAACAGACUAUAUAACAUUUUUGGUUUUGUWUUGUUUUGGCCAACUCUUUGUUCUCCUUAUGAUGUGUUUAGUUGUGAUAUUAAAUAUCAUGACUUCAUUCAGACUUUGCAAAUCACGUCGAAACUUCCCGCAAGGCAAUUUUACUGAAGAACAGAAUAGAACUAGAGAAAAACGAACAGCUAAGGCAGUGAAAAUGGUGUUGUGUUCGCUUYUACUUUACACCUGUUGUUAUCUUCCAAGUUUUCUCUAUUUCUUUGUUAUAGCUUUCCUAGCCAAAGUGUUUUCAGUAUUAGAGCCAUAUUCCGGGUGCACUAUUGAUAGGAACACGUUACACUUUAUGCUUCCUUUUCUUUUUCUAGUCAACUCUUGCUUCAGUCCUUGUAUUUAUAUUGUUUUCCUAACUGAAUUCAGACAAGCAGCUAAAAGACUAUUGCACUAGUAAUAAAUAGUAAUGAAUAGCACUGAACUUAGUAGUCUAUUAUGAUGGAAAAUAAUUCUUGUACUAUAUAUCAUUCCCAUGUGGAAACAAUGU